AUGAAAUCUGUUAAAUUAGCUUUGAUCGCAAUCCUUAUAUCAUGCCCCUACAAAUCGGCCUAUGGCGCUGGAGCGACUAAUGUUACUGCUGUUACGCUUGACAUAAAGAAGAAACAGAGCACUAAUGAUUGUGAGUUCUACAAGACUGGUGAUUUUAGGUCAUAUACCGCCAAAGAUGGCCGUGAGUUCUCUAAGAUAGUGAGCAAAAAUAAAGAUAUUUGGACUGGUGGUGGUAACGAUAACGCGGUCAAGGUGGUAGUCAAUGGUGCACGUAAGAAAAAAAAGCAUAUUGCCAUUCUCCUUAAGAGUGGUAAAUUUGUACUUAUUCACAAGCAAGGUAACAACUUGAAUGACAUCACCAGUAAGAGACAUGACAUAUCAAGGUUGAAGUUCUAUGGCGAAAAUGAUGCCGAGCUAAAGAAAACUGACUACGAGGUUACUAUCGCAUUCUUUCCCUAUAGAGUCACAUUUAAUGAUAGAGUUAAAUGUAGAAAGAUAAUGUUUGGAGAUAAAGAGAUUUGGAAAAGUACUGAGGGUGACGAGUUUAAAGAGAUAAAGUCACUUGCUCUUGGGCUUAUUUCAAACGAAUUCUCGGUAAUUAAUAGUAAGAAGGAAACUAAGAAACUAGAUUUUAACAAGUCAACUACUACAGGAUCUACUACUCCUGGAGCUACUACUCCCGGUUCUGGUGCUACUGAAGGAGGACAGAGUGGUACUGGAACUGCAACUACUGCUACAACUGCUAGAGCUGGAUCUGGAACUACUCCUGGAUCAGGAAUAACUACUUCAGGAGGUCAUACUGGUACUGGAGCUUCACAACCAGCAACCGGAGCUUCUACAACUACUCCUGCAACAGGUCAGGGUUGA